AUGUUAGAGUUAAGAAAUGCGCGAGCAACUGUUUUUAUUCAGACAGUGGUAGAUUACCUCACUAAGAAACACGAGGCCAAAACAGCAGCAGAAAUACCUGAUGCAGAGCGAGAAAAGAAUCGAAUCUUCUUCGAAGAGCAGGUAGUGCGAGCAAAACUCGCUCGUGGGCGGCAUCGUUUGCAUGGUGAAGAUGAUGAAAACGAUGCGAUGAUGAGGAAGUCGAAAGCGAGACGGCGACGAAGUCUGGAGGAUGUCGACUCUAUCCGGGAAAUGAAAAGCACUGGAGUGAAUACAGUUUCCGUUCGGCGAGCUUCUUCUGCCGAAGCUUUGACGAAAGCCUUUCCUAAGUCGACGUCGACCAGUGAUCUUACUGGGCCUUUCGAUGACGACGAAAGCAUCGAAAGGUUCGUCCGAGAGGAGCUUCGAAAAAUGGUCGAGGCUAGGGAAAAGGAAAAGCCAGCCAGUACAUUCGGUAAGAAUGUAUGA